UCUGCAUGUAAAAAGCCACAAGUCACGGAAACCCUUAAUUGUGCCAAAAUAAGGCUGAGCGCACUUAUUCAAGCUGGAAAUAAAGGAUGCAGUUGAAGAAAGACAGUCGGCCAUGGAAAUGGGAUUUACUUUGGAAAAUGUACAUUAUUCAAACGUUGCUCUAGUGUGUGUUGGGCUGAAACACUUGGGAGUUUUCUGGUCAAACUUUGAGCUCUUUCUAAAUGCAUGGAUGGACACUAAGGGAAGCAAACAUGCGCAAAGUUCUGGGGAUAUAACUCUGUUUUCGUAAACAAUCUCAUCUGUUGUUCCUGAUUUUUUUUUUUUUUUUGUCCUCCUCUUCGGAAAACACUGCCAGGCAACUUUUGUGGUUAAAUGGGGGCAUUGUAAGUUGUUUUCAGGGGGGGUAAAGGCAACCACGGAAAACGAAGGAGAAGAAAAGUGCGGACUAUUUAUCAAUGAACUGAGAGAAUAGCAAAAAAGACAAGUGGGAGGACAGGCAUCGCAAUGGCUGAAAGGGAGACUGAGAGAAAGGCGCCUGCUCAUAGAAGCGUCUCUUUCAAAAAGUUGGAGAGCUGGAGCGCAAAGCGCAGAUCACUUGGAGAGGAUUUGGAUAGGUGCGGUGCCCUUCCCCCAGACGCCUUAGAGCACAGCGCGCAGCCAUCACAAGCGACGCACGCUGUUACUGUAUCCAGAAAAGUUUCCAAAAUCUCAGCGGCCAGCCUUUCGACCGCAGACCUCAAGAAAGCCUCUCAUGGAAUAUCGGUUCGUGAGCUCUCUGAGAAGUUUACUUUGAGCACAGCUGGGGCACAGAGCUCUUUAGUCAACACUGGAAGCGUUAAAAACACAAAAAGCGUCGAAGAUUCGUCUUUGAGCGAGAGUGGCUGCUUAUCCAAGGAGUUUUCGGAGUCUGCGACGGAGAAACGUAAGGACAGUAACAGAUCGAGCAGAUCUUGCUCGGCUCAAGAAUCUGUGUCAGGGUCGGAUUCGGACAGAGGCGAUAAACACAGGCUCCGGAAAAGUGUAGGUGGCACAAACACAGGGAGCCCAACAUGCAAAUCUCGUCGCUAUCACCCGUCCUAUGGAGAGACGUCUAUUCAUAUUGAUGCAAACUGGCCAAGCGUUUCUAAAAUUAGAGAACUGUUUGGGGAUGGACGCAGAAAGCAACAUCGAUCAACUUCAGAUGCUGAUGACUUGAAAUCUGCCUGUCAACACCUCCAAGAGGGCAUCUCAGCACUAGACAAAGGUGACAAACAGUUCCCCCACCAGCCAAGGGGAGCCUGGCAAGACACAAACAGCUCUCAUCAUGACAACAGUACAUUGCAUGCGGACUAUUCAAUCCCUAACUUCCACACUUUAACUGCUGAAAGCCAUUCCUUUGAGUUUUUGAAUUGUGAUUCUCCUCCUGCUCCCCCACCGCGCAGUAGAACGACUGCUUUGCCUCUCAGGUCUCACCGUUGGCAGCUGCAAGAGCAGAGGGCAGAGCAGCCACAGCCACCGGAUAGCUCGCAUUCCUCACAUAACUCCUCCCAACCACAGACAGGGCCCUCCGUGGAACUAGCCAGUGCUGGUGGAAGACUGAGCUCCGGAGAAGAGGACAAGAAGUUGAGAGGACGGACAGGUGAUAACUUCCCCCAAAACAAGCAUGGCAUCAGGACAAAGUUGAGAGGAAGGUCUUCAGGCAGUGAGGAGGACAGCCCUGCAGCGCUAGCUCACCACAACAGGGACGUGAGACGUCGCUCACUAAGGAAAAAGAAGAAAAGCAGUUGCAGCAGAGGAGAUGAAGAGUCAGAUGACAGUGACAACCAACCUUUAAUGAUGGAGCCGUGCGAUUCUCAAACGGUGGGCCGCAGGAUUGAGGGUUUCCGUUCUAGAGGUUGUUACACGGGCCUGCAAUGGGCACGAGACAGCCCAUCUCAACGGUCCCAUGUGGCUAAGGACAGUUUUAGACACCUAUACAGAAAUUUCGAGGGGUCUAGCCCUGUUCCUCAGGUGUCGCGGGUUUCAAAAGUCACCAUACCCUCAUUUACAUCCAGUCCGUUGGGGUCAAGAAGUAGCAGCAGGUAUUCUAGCACAGAGACAUUGAAAGAAGAGGAUCAGCCAGCCAACAGCUUCACCAGGGCCUCAUCAGCUGUUCUGAGUAAAACAUACCAUGGCAAUGCCACCAUGUACCGGUCACCUAGUUUUGGUCAUGGAGAUAACUUUUCUCGUUCCCCAAUUCGAGUUCAACCAAAGCUUGUGCCCAGCUUGAGCCCAGCGGACUAUAAAACUCGCAGUUCGGAAAACAGGGUGUUCUGCCACUCCCUAAAUAAUGAGAAAGACAGGAACAGGAUCUCUAUGUCCAACCCUGACAUUGCCUCCGAAACUCUAUCACUUCUUAGCUACCUUAAGACUGAUCUCUCCGAGUUAAGAAUGAAGAAAAAGGGACAAGAUGAUGAGGACAAUCUAAACUCUGAUCAAGGCACAACUGUGUACAGAAUGGGCUCCAGAACAAAUCGGCCACACCAUGGACGCCCUUCCCUGAAGGAUCUCACCGCUACUUUGAGGAGAGCAAAGUCUUUCUCUUAUUCUGAGAAGCCAGCGGGCCAGCAAUAUUAUGGUAGUGGACCAGGUUUAAGGAGUUCCUCCGAGCAACGGCUAGACUCUGAAGAAAGUGGCGAGCAGGUGAUUGCUGACAGGGAGGUGGAGAGCGAUGACUGCAGAUGUACCUACGGUUACGACGAGCCAAUGCCGACCCCUCUUCAAGACCGCUACGUGCAGGAAGCCAGACAGGUGAUAAGAGACAUUUGUCAGAUGGGUGAAAGUAAGGAUGAUGAUGAUUAUGAAGAAGACUGUUUCAAGACAAAAAGCAGUGACACUAAAAUAGACACUGAAAAAGAAGAUAAGGCAAAGCAGGAGGUGAGGAGACUUGAGCACUCUGGGUGUAAGGAAGGGGAGGCUGAUGGAAAAAGUGGAAAAUGUUUACAGAAAGGAAAUUCGGAGGAGAACAUGUUCUGUGAUAAGUCACUGGAUGAACUCUCCGGUCAUGAAUCUAGCCUGACAGAUGAAGGAAUUGUCACAGAGCCAGAGACUGGCUCAUAUGGGGGGCUCUCCUGCAGUAAAGACUUGAUGGGUCAGGCUCUCACCGUUUGGAAUCAGUCAGGGUUGUACGAAGAGCAGUUGCCUGAUACAACACCAGAGGAAUCUCUUUCAUCUCAAGUUCCGUCUGUUAAGACAGAAUAUGAGGGAGUAGCCAUAGGAGGAGACAUUAGCAGCAGUAAAAAUGUAAACCAGGGGGCCUUAGAGGCUCCGUCUACUCCUAGUGCUAUUCGCAGGCGAAGGAAAUUCUCCUCAGCUGGAAACAACGGCUCAGACUCUAGCAAUGGCAGUAACGGAGAGUCCAACGGUGAGUCUGCGUACCGCUCCUUAAGUGAUCCUAUGCCUCACAGACGUCGUUCAGUUACAGAGGAUGGCGGGAAGAGCUUCUCCAUGGACAGCAACCUGCUCGGUUCACUCUCGCUAAGUUCCAAGGUGGGUGGUGUGGAGUCUUCCGCAGCAGACCUUUCUGAAUAUACAGGCAGCGCCGCCAGUGAUCUUUCCGUGUGUAGCGACAGCCUGAGAGAUUACAGUACUGUGAUUCAGAGCAUAGUUUGUGAACCUGGCGCAAUGGACAAUCUGAUUGAUGAGAAGGCGAACGGCAAGGCUGUAAAGAAAAAGAGCUUUAGCGAUCCCAGUAGACGUGGAGAACUGGCGGAUACAGUCUUAGAAUUUCAAAAGCAUCCCAGCGAGCCUAUUAGUGAACUAGAACAAUCCAUACCACCUUCCAGCAGUGAGCCUAUCUUAUCCGAACAAAGAGACGAGCUUUGGGCACUAAAUAGUGAACAGCGACAACUUUAUUGUCCAACCAGAAGGUCUCGUUCUCAAUCUGAGCAUGUUUUGCCCUCCCACCUUGGUCAUAAUGGAGAAACAAAAUCCCCAGGUGAGCCCUCAUAUCCGUUUGACCCUAAAUUAGCUCAGGUUUUGUCUCCUCGCACCAGUCGACGAAGCCCCAAGAAACGCACAAACCGCUUCACUCAUCAGUUGUCUUGCGAUGAUGGGGAUCACUUGGAUGAACAAGGCGAAGAGCAGUCCUCUGCAUCCAUCCUCCCCCAGCUUCCAGCCUCAAAGGUCAGACCCAAACAUGUGCGUCAUGCCAGUGAACCUGCCACGUUUGUGCCUAUCAUUCCUUCACAUGCCCACAUCUCCCAGGACCUCCAGAGGUCUAGCCAUGUCGCGGAGUCUUCGCCACCCAGCAAAACAGUCCCCGGGGAGGACACUCCAUCAUUAGAAGAUGUCACUGAGCAAUACAUCUUGGCCUUGAACCCUCCGGAGUCCCCCGCGGAGACCCCUGCAGCCACUGGUGGGGUUAUUCUGGAGGGCACCACUUCGACACCUUCAGUUCCUACCACCACUGCUGACCCAAAACUAGAGAGAAAGUCCAGCGAGGAACUUUCCACUGUCCCCCUGAAGGCCAAACCAAGAGUGGAUAUGAGAAGACAUGUCAUCAUGACUCUGCUGGACACUGAACAAUCUUACGUUGAGUCUCUGCGCACACUCAUUCAGGGAUACAUGAAGCCCCUCAAGCACCCGGAAAACUCGCCUCUCUGUGACCCGUCUUUGGUAGACGAGAUGUUCUACCAGAUCCCUGAGAUUCUGGAACAUCAUGAGCAGUUCCUGGAGCAGGUGCUGGACUGUGUCAACCAGUGGCACGACAAACAGACUAUCGGACAUGUGCUCAUCCAGUCGUUUUCCAAAGAGAUCCUCGCCAAUAUUUAUUCAGCGUACAUCGACAACUUCAUGAACGCCAAAGACGCAGUGAGAAUCGCCAAGGAAGCCAAACCCGCUUUCCUGAAGUUUCUAGAGCAAAGUAUGCGUGAGAAUAAAGAGAAACAAGCUCUGGGUGAUUUGAUGAUAAAGCCGGUGCAGCGGAUCCCACGAUACGAGCUGCUAGUUAAGGAUCUUCUGAAACACACUUCCGAGGAUCACCCCGACUACCUGUUUCUGCUCGACGCUCAGAAGAACAUCAAGCGAUUGGCUGAGAGGAUCAACAAGGGCCGACGCACGGCGGAGGAGCUGGAGAAAGAGACGCGCGUCAUGCAGGAGAUCGAGGCGCACAUCGAAGGCGUGGAGCAUAAAAACAAAAAACAAGAAUUCGUAUUUCGUUUUUCGUUCAGGGGUGGAAAAAUGAGUAAACAGCUUGAAUAUUCGAUUUCUACACGUGGGCGGAACAUCCUAAAUCCUCAGAGGAAGUUCCUGAGACAAGAGAUGGUAGUGGAAGCGAAAACGGUGGGCGGUAAGAAGGACCGAUCUCUGUUUCUGUUCACCGAUCUGCUCAUCUGCACCACGCUCAAGAGGAAGUCCGGAUCUCUGCGCAGGAGCUCCAUGAGUCUAUACUCCGCUGCUAGUGUCAUUGACACCUCGAGUAAAUAUAAGUUCCUGUGGAAACUGCCUUUAGAAGACAUUGAGGUGGUUAAAGGUUCUAAUCAAGCCACUAACAGAGAAAACAUCCAGAAAACUAUCAGCCGUCUGGAUGAAGAUCUCAGCACGCUUGGCCAAAUAAGCAAACUGUCAGAAACGCUCAGUUUCCCCCAUCAGAGUUUGGACGACGUGAUUAAGGAUCUGAUGGCGUCAGUGCAUCGAGAGCUGGCGGAUAAACAGUCUCUGGCCUUCAGCAUGACGUUACUGCCCACUAAACUAGAGCUGACCACCGCUUCAGCCGAGACCACCUUCAUCUUUGAGUUCAGCAGCCCUGAUGCUCGCAGUAACUUCGAGCAGGCCUUUGAGGAGGCCAAGAAGAAGCUUGCUAUGAACAAAGACCAGUGGGACCCUGAGUUCCUGAAGGCCAUUCCCAUCAUGAAGACCCGCAGCGGGAUGCAGUUUUCCUGCGCCUCCCCUAGCCACAGCUGUCCAGAGAACACGUAUGAGGUGUGGGUGUGUAACAGCGACGGCUACGUGGGUCAGGUGUGUCUGCUGAACAUCCGGGACGAGCCCACGGUGGAGGCCUGCAUCGCCGUCUGCUCGGCUCGCAUCAUCUGCAUCGCAGCCGUGCCGGGCCUCAAGAACAGAGAACGUGUGGGUCAUUCCACCCCCUCCGUCCCGUCUGAGUCAAACCCUACCGCGUCCACACAACCCCAGCUCCACAUCUGCAUCUCCGGCUCGUCUCUGGAGCUCAGCGAACCGCCUGCGGUCCCCGCCGCAGAGCUCGUGCCCUUCGAUAGCGACGACACGGACGAUGAAGACUCUCCCAGCCCUUCAUCCACACUGCAGAGCCAAGCCUCCCAUUCCACCAUCUCAUCCAGCUUCGGCAAUGAUGAAGCAGCCGUUUCAAAGGACAUGGCCACCGAGACCACCAGCUCUGAGGAGGAGCAGGAGUUUCCUGUUCCCAGCUCAUUCGGAGCCCCUCGACUCAGUGCGGACAGUCCCAUGGACGGCCGAGCCAUGCGGCGGUCCAGUCGAGGCUCCUUCACUCGUGCCAGUCUGGAGGACCUGCUGAGCAUCGACCCAGAGGCCUACCAGAGCUCCGUCUGGCUCGGGACCGAGGACGGCUGUAUUCAUGUAUACCAGUCAUCAGACAACAUCAGAAACAGGAAGAACAGUAUGAAGAUGCAGCACUCUGCUUCUAUCCUCUGUAUCCUGUAUCUUGACAACAAAGUGUUUGUGUCCCUGGCAAAUGGAGAGGUGAUUGUUUAUCAGAGAGAAGCAGGAAGUUUUUGGGAUCCUCAGAGCUCUCAAACGCUGUGUCUGGGCUCUCCAAGCGGGCCCGUGACCAAAAUGGUUCCAGUGGCGGGAAAACUGUGGUGUGGCUGUCAGAACAGAGUCCUUAUUAUCAACACCAGCACUUUAACACAAGAGCACUCAUUCCAGGUGGGUCAGGACAGCGGGCGCUGCGUGACCAGUAUGGUGAGCUAUGGUAAAGGCGUGUGGAUCGCUCUACAGGGCAGCGCUCAGGUGCGGCUCUAUCACGCCUCCACCUACGAGAGCCUGACAGAGGUUGAUGUGGCGCCAGCCGUGCACAAGAUGCUUGCAGGCUCCGAUGCCAUUAUCCGGCAACACAAGGCAGCGUGUUUGCGGAUCACGGCUCUUCUAGCAUGUAAGGACCUGCUGUGGAUUGGCACGAGUGCAGGGGUGGUCCUGACUCUGGCCAUCCCGCCCGUUUCCUCCAGCACUGGGCCGGGCUCUCUGCGCGCUCCCCUCCUCCCCAUGGGCUCCGCCCACGGACACACCGGACACGUCCGCUUCCUCACGUGCAUUGAGCUACCAGAAGGCUUUGAUGUCAGCUUCCCACCGCCGUCCGACUCAGUGAACUCAGCACAGAACAGCUCUGAGAGCAGCAGCGGAGGUCUGCAGAGACGAGACUCCGCCCGACGGCGCGCCUCCACCCUCCUGCCCGUCAAAUCCAACCUGCUGGUCAUCAGCGGCGGCGACGGCUACGAAGACUUCAGACUGACCAAUAGCAGCGAGACGGUGGGGCGGGACGACAGCACCAACCACUUACUGCUGUGGCGUGUGUAACGGAAGCCCCGCCCCCCAACACACAAGCCGCUGGACCAGCCCACGCACUUCCCUCGAAACCCCGCCCCUACCUGUUCUCUGAUGCGUUGUGCACGAGCGUUUAAGACGUCAAGCAAUGGGGUGUUUGUUUUGUUACGUUGUGUUAUAGGUCAUUUUGUUUGUUUCUUGGUGUAAAAUAUCUUGCUUGCCAUGUGGUGUUUCCUGUGGCCGCUUUUGAAUAUUGUGUUGAAGCAGCUGUAUAAAAAGCGGACAAAAUUAUCAUGAAUAACGAAAAAAAAGAUAGACGUCAGAGAGAGCGAGAAAGCAGGAAAAGGUGAAGUGAAAAAAAAGGAAGCAAGAAUUGUAGGGUAGAGAGAGAGUUUAAAUGCAUCACACGAGGCAGGGAGGAUUGUGGGUAAUGUGGAUCGAUAUAUUAAGUGGAAAGACGAGUUUUCAUCCUUCAUUUUAUGAGAGGACAGUCCGCACACUUUAACGGUCAACUACUGGUCUUGACAGACUGUGAUUUCAUUGGAGAAUGAAGAUGUUUUUGUUAAAGCUCUCGUUUGUGUUAUUCGGGGCGAGAUGUGAGUUAAUCUUGCGUAACCAAUGUGCAAUAUAAGGCUAGAGUACCUACAAUAUGACACAAACACACACACUUUACUACUUCAGUAACCGACAAACUCACAGUCAGAGUUAUUACACAUUAUCACUUUAUUCUUUUGGUUAUCGAAUCUUUUUUAUGUAUAAAAAAAAAAAAAGUAAGACUUCACUAUGUUAUGUAAAAGAACAGCAAUGACAUUCCAUAUAUAGGUAUUGUGACAAAAAUCCUUUUGUACAGUAUUUAUGUUUUUUCAUUUUUAGUUAAGUCUUUUUUUAUAGCACUUAAUUUAUAAAUAAGGUAGUCUGGCGUUUUUUUCUUCUCUACUGAAAGAUUUCGACGCUCAACUCAAGUUGGGUCAGUGAGGUCGCGUUUGUAAGAUUUUUGAAACAUUAUUCAGGUGAAUCUCGCGAAGAAGCAUCCAGGUCAUAUUUCGCCCCAAAAUCAAAAGAAAUGAUAUUUUGCAUAAAGAAAAUAAAGCCUAUUUUUUGUACUUUCUUAAUUUCCCCUUAAUUCUUUUUUUAAAUUGUAAUGCAAAAUCUCAUUCACAUUACUGUAAUAAAUUUUAAUUCUUCCAUUUUUUUUUUUUUUUUUUUUUUUUUUUUUUAACGUUUAAUCCGACAAAUACUAUGGUAUGGAAUCUUGUUUACAUAAGGAACGUACACAAAAAAGAAAAACAAUAAAAAACAAAAUUGCGAGUUGACUUUAUAACUCAUAAUUGUACAUUUAAAUCAAACAAUUUGGAGGAAAAAGUUUUUAUUUUUUAUCUUGUGGUGGAAAUGGGCUUCCAUACCAUGGUAUGGUAAUUUUUUCACAGUACUGUAUUGGAAUUUAGGGGAAAUGUGAUUAAUUAAAUGAACUAAUUUCAAAAAAUAAAAUAAUCAAAUAAACAUUUUUAUGCAAAUUUAUUUUAAUGUUGGGGUGAAAUAUAAUUUGACAGGAUUGGUGAAAUUCAUCGAUAAACAGCUGUAUCAUUUCAGUGGUCGUUUUCAUUACCAUGAUAAUUCAGGAAAGGGAAUUGUGUUUUCUUAAACGAUGUUGCUGAAGACUGCACCUACGAUUUGACAUACAGAGUUUGGAGUGUAGAUAUAAACUCUGUGCUUGUUUGUGAGUGUGUCUUUGUGUAGAUUACGACAGGUAGAAUGAAGUCAGACGGGUUGCAGCCUUUCGGCUGCAUGUGGCCGCUUACGAGAGACAAUUAACUGCUCGAGCGCUCUGCCUGCCACUUCCUGAUAAAUGAGCAAUUUCAGCUGCCUUGGUUUGUCUGGAAAGAACCGCGUCAGUCACAAACACACCCAAAUUCUCGCUCACCUGAAGGAUGUGAAGUCAGACCUUUCCCAGAGCGCAUCACGCGUGGAAAAUCACGGGAAGUUUUGGCAAGUUUGUUUUAUUGAUCUGUUGAGUAGUUGUGAACGCUAGUGCCAAGAACUCGCAGGUAGAAACGUCAAAGCAUUUCCGGAGAUAACUUCUUACUACGAACGGGAUCCUCAGAGAAUCAUAUUUUCAUAAACUGAGUCUGCAUUUUUUGCUUUUUAAUCAAAUAUCUAAAUCAAUCAGUGAUGAUAGUCCUAAGUCGAGUCUUACUGUUGUAAGUGACCCUCUCAGCCCUUUCUAGUGAAAGACGUCAUCAAUGUUUAUUGUAAAUAUUGGUAUAUAUUGCCUUUCUCUGUACAUAGUGCUCUCACAGUCCACGAUUGUUCAUAUGAAUCUAAUGGCAUAUUUUUAUAAGUAUUUUUGUCUAUUUUUUCCUCAUUUGGCAUGUGCCGUCUCAUUUAAAUUAAAACUAUUACAGUAUUUUAAAAGAAGAGAAAAGAAGCCGCUCCACGUCUGCGGGCCUUGUAACAGUCGUCAUGCUUAUUUCACACCGUUGUCCUAUUUUGUCACUGUGGGUUUCUUUGUAAUUAAACAUUCACUGAUGCCAGAA